AUGCCUCCUCAAGCCCGCAAGCGCCCGGGCGCCGCUUUGCCUGUGCGGAAGCCGGCAAAAGGCGGACACAUCGGCAUGGUGGCUGAGCUGGUGGCAGCGCUGCAGCGUACCUUCAGCCGGCACAGGAAUAGCAAAGAUGCGGCCGACAUGACAAGGUAUGUGAAAGGCAAGUUCCCCUACUACGGCCUCAAAGCGCCUUUACGUCGGCAGCUGGCUGGGGAGGUCAUCGGAUCGUGGAAGCAUGCCCACGGCCAGCAGGAAAUCGACAAGGGCGUGGCACGGCAGCUUUUGAGUGCCCUCUACUCCUGUGAGGAGCGCGAGCUGCACUACGUGGGCGCCGAAGUUUGUUCGGGACUCCUGCGAAAGGGUCUGGUCGGACGUGAUUUUCUGCCAGUUGUGAAGCAUGGCGUCACGACGAAGAGCUGGUGGGACACGGUGGACAUUUUUGCUGCCUCCUCCAUGUCGCCCUAUCUGCUGGCAUGCGGCGGUGGCUCGCCAAGCCCCGAACUUCUGCAAGAGAUGGACAAGUGGGCGGUGUCAAGCAAUCUUUGGCUUCGCAGAACAGCCAUACUGUGCCAGUUGAAACUGAAAGGGCAGACAGACUUGAGGCGGCUUGAGAGCUACAUCGUUAGCAAUGCGUCUGACAAGGAUUUCUUCGUGCGGAAGGCAAUUGGCUGGGCCCUCCGCGAGUACGCGAAGCAUGACCCCAAAUGGGUCAGGCAGUUUCUUACGCGGCACAAGAGCCAGUUGUCAGCUUUGUCCGUGCGUGAGGCAAGCCUGCACCUGAGUAAGUGA